AUGAAAUCCCAUGUGCAGACAGUGACUUCGACUUUCUCUGGACUAUCUCACCCCUCAUUCCUGAGUGACACAGGGACUGCAAUGUGUAAAAAGGUAACAUGUUGUGAGUCUUGUGCUAAGACGUCUUGUCGUAUGGAAAGGAUGCCUUUUCACUCUCUGAGGCUGAUUGUGUACAUGAUUGUAGUAAUAUGUUUCUAUAGACAAAUCACAGCACGAAAGUGUUUUGCUGCAUCUGCAUCUCUGAAGCUGAUUGUGUACAUGAUUGUAGUAAUAUGUUUCUAUAGACAAAUCACAGCACGAAAGUGUUCUGCUGCAUCUCUAAGACUGAUUGUGUACAUGAUUGUAGUAAUAUGUUUCUAUAGACAAAUCACAGCACGAAAGUGUUCUGCUGCAUCUCUAAGACUGAUUGUGUACAUGAUUGUAGUAAUAUGCUUCUAUAGACAAAUCACAGCACGAAGGUUUUCUGCUGCAUCUUCCGGUGCGGAGAAGAAUGUGUUUAAAAUUACAUGGUUUUGUUGCAUCUUCCGUGUGGAGAAGAAUGUGUUUAAAAUUACAUGGUUUUGUCUAAAUAAAUGUUAA